AGCACCAUAACCUAAAAGCGGUCGGUUUUGAGGUUAAUAUAUUCCGAAAUUUUCGAAUAUUGUGUGAAAAAAGGUUCGAAAUUAAGUGAAGUUCGUAUAUUUGUGUGUUAGUGACGGCAAAGCCCGAUUACUGGGUCGUACGACCCACGUAUACGUUUCACGUGAAAGUUAUUUUUGUCCGGUGUAAAUAAAACUUUGUUUAUUGUUUUCUAUUAUUAUCUUAUAGUUUAACUCUUUAAAAUAGAUUUAGAAUACCGUAGUAUCUCCUACUUUAGUAAUUUAAUGCUUAAAUUUAUAAAACACAUAGCUUCUAGAGCUAUUAGUUUAAAAGUUAAGAAUCUUUUGCCGCGUUUUAGUAUUUAUCCUGCAGUCAUGGCCAACGAAGGUGUUAAAAAUAAGAGUGAUUUAAAUUUGGAUGAGGUGCCGGUUAAAAAAAUGAAGCUUGAUACUGAGAAAGACUCGGUUUUGACAAGAACAGUUGCAACUAUGUGCGGGGCUUGGAGGCCAGAAGAGGAGUAUGGAGGACUGGUCUUUGUGUUUAAGACUAGGGACCCGGGCCUUAGCCCUAAUCCUGCUAAUGAAGCUGACUAUCCUGAGAACAUUGAAGAUUUUUGGGAGGCGACCUUUCCAUCCGUCGAUGAUGAACAGGGAGAAAAAGACAGCGGGAAGAACUGCAUACUAUCCUGUGAGAAGAGGAAAGCAGACGAUACCGACAUUAAUAAAGACUUGAAAAAGGCGAAGUUAGAAACAAAAGCUUUGAAGGCAAAAAGGCCGGGAUUCACAGAUGACCGGUACAACGAAACGUCUUAUUAUAUUGAAAAUGGCCUCAGGAAAGUGUACCCGUACUACUUCACGUUCACAACAUUCACCAAAGGAAGGUGGGUCGGUGAGAAAAUUCUCGACGUAUUUGCGAGGGAAUUCAGGGCCCACCCGGCAGCUGAGUACGAGCGGUGCAUCCGAGCGGGGACCCUCACCGUCAACUACGAGAGAGUGGACCCUGAUUACAGAUUGAAGCACAAUGACCUUCUAGCAAAUGUUGUUCAUAGGCACGAAGUACCGGUCACCAGCCAACCGAUCACCCUCGUUCAUAUCGACGAGGACAUUGUGGUUGUCAACAAACCGGCCUCUAUCCCCGUGCACCCGUGUGGACGAUACAGGCACAACACAGUCGUUUUUAUUCUCGCAAAAGAGUACAACUUGAAAAACUUGAGGACCAUCCACAGACUCGACAGGUUGACGUCAGGUCUCCUGCUAUUCGGAAGGAGUCCAAAGAAGGCGAGACAGAUGGAACAUCAGAUCAGGAAUAGACAAGUGCAGAAGGAAUACGUCUGCAGAGUCGAUGGAGAGUUCCCUGACGAAGAAAUCGAAUGCCAAGAGCCAAUAGAAGUCGUAAGCUACAAGAUCGGAGUAUGCAAGGUAUCAGCCAAGGGCAAGGACUGCUCGACGGUGUUCAAGAGGCUAGGUUACAACGCGGCCAGCAACACCAGCGUUGUCCUCUGCAAACCGAAGACCGGGAGAAUGCACCAGAUCAGGGUGCACUUGCAGUAUUUGGGUUACCCGGUAGUCAACGACCCUCUUUAUAACCACCCCGUCUUCGGUCCCCUUCGAGGAAAGGGAGGUGACACGGGUGGCAAGUCUGAUGAGCAGCUGGUGAGAGACCUGAUUGCCAUCCACAAUGCUGAGAACUGGCUGGGAGUUGACGCUGCUGAUGAUGAUCUGCUGUUCUCUAAACCAGUGUCUGAUGAUAAAGUUGGUGAGGAUGACUGCGACACUGGACCGGCUUCCAGGGAAUCAUCUCCAAGGCUCGAGUCUCCUGCCCCAGGAGUCACACCAUCCUCCAUCAUGACACCUACCCUGCCCAGCCCAUCAAGCGGCGCGGAGGCUCCAUCGGAGGUGAACUCACCAGUGUGCACCCUGGCACCGUCACCAGUUGCCUCGCCAUCCUUCAAUGAAGACUCUAAUGAUGCCAAGUCUGACAAAGUGACGGUAGCGACGCAAACUGGCUGCACGCCAGCGGCCACUAGCCAGGCGAGUGGACUGGCCAGUAGCUCGGCGAGUGGCUCCACCGACGCACUGUCCUCAGACCCUCACUGCUACGAGUGCCGCGUGAGGUACAGGGACCCCAGACCGAGGGACCUCGUCAUGUACCUGCAUGCGUGGAAAUACAAGGGACCCGGCUGGGAGUACGAAACGGAGCUGCCACAAUGGGCGAGCAUCGACUGGGAUGAACCAGAGAGUUCAUAGUUACAGGAAUUGACACCACUGUGGAAGCGCCUCGAAACAUCACUGACAAUCGAGAAUUAAAAAAUAAAAUUUUUCCUUGAAUUUGUACCAUAAUUAUAGUUUUUUAAAAUUUCUU